AUGUCAAUACGUCUGGAAGAUGAUAAUACUAGCAUACAUAGACAUGGGAGCAUAGGUGACCUAGAAAGCCAGACUGCUGACGGUUCUACUAACGAUGAAAAUAACAACAUGAACAAUAACACUAACAAUAACAAGACUUUAACAUAUAGAAUCAUUAAAUUUUUAUCUCAAUUUAAACUGCUUUACAUUCCAAUUUUAAAUUGGGUUAUCUUAAUAGUGCUCAUGUGCUUAUUAUACAAGCUAAUUUUAAGGUAUAACUCCAUGUAUGAGAGAACUGUCUUACUCACAACUAUAACGGCAAAUAUAUUACUAUAUGGAUUUUCAGAUACUUUAGCUCAAAGCCUUUAUUGCUUCUUAUCUAUGAUGAAAAAUAAUAAAAGAGCAUCAAGAUCUGAUAGUAUAAGCUCAAUUCAAUUAGCAAAUUAUAAUGGGGGUUCAAAUUUUAGAGAUGAAGAACAAAAUGAAGAUUUACUUUACACAGAUUAUGGUGAUCCAACAAUUCAUAAUAAUCAUGGUCAUAGAAAUCUUUUACAAAGUGGUGAAAGUUUCAAAAAAUUAUCACAUCAAACCGAUGAUGAUGUCUUCAAUUUUUACAGAUUUAUUGGGUUCAUGUUUUGGGGAUUUGUAAUGGCUUUUGUUCAAGUUUGUUGGUAUUGGGUAUUAAAUCAUUUUUAUACAACAGAACCAACAUUUGUAUCAGUUUUAGAAAGGGUGAUGUCUGAUCAAUUAGUGUUCUCACCAAUUUCAUUAUUUUGUUUUUUUUCAUAUUCAAAUUUUGUCUUAGAAGGUGGUAAUAAAUUUACCUUAUCAGAGAAGAUUAGAAAAAUAUAUUUCUCAACUUUAAUUGCAAAUUACAUGGUUUGGCCAUUAGUUCAAUUCAUUAACUUUCUAAUAAUGCCAAAGCAAUUUCAAGUACCAUUCUCUUCUUCUAUUGGUGUUAUUUGGAACUGUUUUUUAUCAAUGAGAAAUGCUUCAAAUUAA